UGACCACCAUUCUCACACCCCAUGUUUGGCGCGUGUGAAUCUUCCAAAAUCGUUUCUUUUUGGCUUCCUUUGUCUUCCACAGUUCCACCAUUGUCUCUGUUUAACUUUUGCCUUUUUUUUGAUUCUCCCAAUUUAAAGGUAGACCGCCCAAAAAAACCCAUCUUCUCUCUCUCUCUCUCUCUCUCUCUGUGUAUAUGUAUGUGUGUGUAUGCAUAUAUGUAUUUUAUAGGGUAAGAGAGGGGAUUCCUAUUUCACUUUCCUCUACCCUGAAAGCCUAUGUAAUUUAGGGUUUUGCUUCUGCAACUUGUAGGUCCCACUGAAGAGCUUUUGGAAAAUACAUUAAUGGUGGCUUCUUAAGAAUCAAGGUAGGUAAACCCUUCAACCUUAAAUAUUUCAUGCUGUCAUCUUCUUAUUAGUGUACAAUCAGUGACAUGGGUUUUCCAUCUGAAAACCAAUAAAAAAAAAAAAAGGGAACCAUUGCAUCAUAAAAGCUAGCUUAAAAAAGCCACUCAAUUUCUCUUAAAUCUAAGGUCAAAGAAAGUUGUGAACUAUGGGAUUGAAAGAGAGAAGUGCUUGGUUUAGUGUGGUUUGUUCACAAAACCCUGAUCUAAGAGCAAGAAAGAUUUAGGAUUCUUAUGAGUGUAUGUAGUCCUGGUAUGAUCUGUUCAAUGUCAGAAGUCAGAGAUCAAAGAUGGGUUUUUGAGCAUACCCAUUUGAAAAUGUCUUGGAUUCAACAUCAAAUCAUCCAGAGAGAUGGUGUUUUGGGGUACCCACCUCCUCUGUCUCCUCCAUCCUCAUAUGGUGAUACUUUUCACAAGGAACCAUCCUCUUCUUCAUCAUCCUCAUCUGGGACUAGAAUUAGCCCAGCUGUUCUAUUCAUUAUAAUAAUCUUAGCUGUUCUGUUUUUCAUAUCUGGUCUUCUACACCUACUUGUUAGAUUUCUCAUGAAACACCCAACUUCCUCAACUCAAUCUAAUGAUAGAUACCCAGAAGUUUCUUCCUCUGAUGCUCUCCAAAGACAACUACAACAACUCUUUCACCUUCAUGACUCUGGUUUGGAUCAAGCUUUUAUAGAUGCCCUACCUGUCUUCAUGUACAAAGAGAUAGUGGGUGCUUCUAAAGAGCCAUUUGAUUGUGCUGUUUGUCUCUGUGAAUUUUCUGGGAAAGACAAGCUGAGAUUGCUUCCUAUGUGUAGCCAUGCCUUCCACAUCAAUUGUAUAGAUACUUGGCUCCUAACGAACUCGACAUGUCCUCUUUGUAGAGGGACCCUUUUUACCCCUGGACUCAACAUUGAAAACCCAAUAUUUGAUUUUGAUGAUUUGAGAGAAGAUGAUGGGUUUCCUAGUAAUGGAGAAAACGGGUUUGUUUUGAGUCAAAAGACGGUAGAAGUUGAGGAAAUUAUACGCGAAAAGGGGGUGAUCCCCGUGAGACUUGGAAAGUUCAGAAAAUUAGAUGAUGGUGCAGGGGAGAGAGAUGUAGGGGAGACCAGUAGUAGUAAUUUGGAUGCAAGAAGAUGUUACUCAAUGGGUUCGUAUCAGUAUGUGGUUGGCGAUACAAACCUUAGGGUGCCCUUGAGCAUUGAUGGCGAAGGUCGUGAUGUGAAGCGUGUGAAAGGAAUAGAAUACAACAACAAUCCUACAAUUGAAGGGGAUGAUGUGGAGGGGAAGAAGAUUAGUAUUGGAUCGAAAACUGAUAGCUACUCUGUUUCCAAGAUUUGGCUGUGGUCUAAGAAGGGCAAAUUUGCAAGUUCUUCAGAAACCCAAUGAGUAAUCCUUUUUCUCUUGAUAUGAAAAAGUUAUCAAUUGUGAUGAUGAACAUGUAUCGUGUGGAGCCGAGUUCAAGAAGCUAGAGAUGGUGUCCUAAUUGUGUUGGUGUUGAGAGGUCUGAGAAGUUUGACAAAAGGAGAAUUGGAUGCCCAAACGCGUACUGAUAUCUUCCACAUGGAUCCUUAUUUUUUUUCUUUUCUUCUUUUAAAAGUGCUUUCAACACAAUUAGUGAUAAUAUUUGUAUGUUUUCUUAUGGAACUCAACAAACUAUAGCUAUGGCCGUAAAUGAGUUGAGCCAGGCUGAAUUGUAGAAUGUGUUUAGGUUUGAUUUAUUUAUUUUGUUGAUUUCAAA